GACGGCUGCUGGGCCGCGUGCGCUUCCUGGCAGAGGCCGCUCGGAGCCUCCGCGCUGGGCGGCCGCUGCCGGCGGCGCUGGCUUUCGUGCCACGAGAAGUGCUCUACAAGCUUUACAAGGACCCGGCCGGGCCGUCGCGCGUGCUGCUGCCAGUGUGGGAGGCAGAAGGCCUGGGGCUGCGCGUGGGUGCCGCGGGCCCUGCCCCCGGUACCGGCUCCGGGCCCCUGCGCGCCGCCCGGGACAGCAUCGAGCUGCGGCGCGGCGCCUCCGUGCGCACCACGGGCGAGGAGCUGUGCAACGGCCACGGGCUCUGGGUAAAGCUGACCAAGGAGCAGCUGGCGGAGCACCUGGGUGACUGCGGCCUGGACGAGGGUUGGCUGCUGGUGUGCCGGCCGGCGGAGGGCGGGGCCCGCCUGGUGCCCAUCGACACUCCGGACCACUUGCAGCGACAGCAGCAGCUCUUUGGCGUGGACUACCGGCCUGUGCUCAGAUGGGAACAGGUGGUGGAUCUGACAUACUCGCAUCGCCUAGGAGCUAGGCCUAAGCCCGCUGAGGCAUACACAGACGCUGUGCAAAGGCUACUCUAUGUGCCCCCAACUUGGACCUACGAGUGUGACGAGGACCUGAUCCACUUCUUGUAUGACCACCUGGGCAAGGAGGAUGAGAACCUGGGUAGCGUGAAGCAGUACGUGGAGAGCAUUGACGUUUCCUCCUACACGGAGGAAUUCAAUGUGUCUUGCCUGACUGACAGCAAUGCAGAUACCUACUGGGAGAGCGAUGGGUCCCAGUGCCAGCACUGGGUACGGCUUACAAUGAAGAAGGGUACCAUUGUCAAGAAGCUGCUGCUCACAGUGGACACCACAGAUGACAACUUUAUGCCUAAGCGGGUGGUGGUUUAUGGGGGCGAAGGUGACAACCUGAAGAAGCUGAGUGACGUGAGCAUUGACGAGACCCUGAUCGGGGAUGUCUGUGUCUUGGAGGACAUGACGGUCCACCUCCCAAUCAUCGAGAUCCGCAUCGUGGAGUGCCGAGAUGAUGGGAUUGAUGUUCGUCUUCGAGGAGUCAAGAUCAAGUCAUCUAGACAGCGGGAACUAGGAUUGAAUGCAGACCUCUUCCAGCCAGCCAGUCUGGUGCGAUAUCCACGUCUGGAAGGCACUGACCCUGAAGUACUGUAUCGCAGAGCUGUCCUCCUGCAAAGAUUCAUCAAGAUCCUCGACAGUGUCCUGCGUCACCUGGUACCUGCCUGGGACCACACACUGGGCACCUUCAGUGAGAUUAAGCAAGUGAAGCAAUUCCUACUGCUGUCACGCCAGCGGCCAAGCCUGGUGGCCCAGUGCCUGCGAGACUCGGAGAGCAGCAAGCCCAGCUUCAUGCCACGCCUGUAUAUCAACCGCCGCCUCGCCAUGGAACACCGUGCCUGCCCUUCUCGGGACCCUGCCUGCAAGAACGCCGUCUUCACCCAGGUUUAUGAAGGCCUCAAGCCCUCUGACAAGUAUGAAAAGCCCCUGGACUACAGGUGGCCCAUGCGCUAUGACCAGUGGUGGGAAUGUAAAUUCAUUGCAGAAGGCAUCAUUGACCAAGGGGGUGGUUUCCGAGAUAGCCUGGCAGAUAUGUCAGAAGAGCUGUGCCCCAGCUCGGCCGACACUCCUGUGCCUCUGCCCUUCUUUGUACGCACAGCCAACCAGGGCAAUGGCACUGGUGAGGCCCGAGACAUGUAUGUGCCCAACCCUUCCUGCCGAGACUUCGCCAAGUACGAGUGGAUCGGACAGCUGAUGGGGGCUGCCCUUCGGGGUAAGGAGUUCCUGGUCCUCGCGCUUCCCGGCUUCGUGUGGAAGCAGCUCUCUGGGGAGGAGGUGAGCUGGAGCAAGGACUUCCCUGCCGUGGAUUCUGUGCUGGUGAAGCUCCUGGAAGUGAUGGAAGGAAUGGACAAGGAGACAUUUGAGUUCAAGUUUGGGAAGGAGCUGACGUUCACCACUGUGCUCAGUGACCAGCAGGUGGUGGAGCUGAUUCCUGGGGGCACAGGCGUCGUGGUGGGAUAUGAGGACCGUUCUCGUUUCAUCCAGCUGGUACAGAAGGCGCGACUAGAGGAGAGCAGGGAGCAGGUGGCAGCCAUGCAGGCGGGUCUGCUGAAGGUCGUCCCACAAGCUGUGCUGGACUUGCUGACCUGGCAAGAGUUGGAAAAGAAGGUGUGUGGGGACCCAGAGGUCACUGUGGAUGCCCUGCGCAAGCUCACUCGGUUUGAGGACUUUGAGCCCUCUGACACAAGGGUGCAGUAUUUCUGGGAGGCACUGAACAAUUUCACCAAUGAGGACCGUAGCCGCUUCCUGCGUUUUGUCACAGGCCGUAGCCGCCUACCAGCGCGGAUCUACAUCUACCCAGACAAGCUGGGCUAUGAGACCACAGACGCGCUGCCUGAGUCUUCCACCUGCUCCAGCACUCUCUUCUUGCCGCACUAUGUCAGCGCCAAGGUAUGCGAGGAGAAACUCCGCUAUGCCGCCUACAACUGUGUGGCCAUCGACACUGACAUGAGCCCCUGGGAAGAGUGAGAUGCCCUGCACAGCCCACUGCCUUUGCCUGGGCGAAUACACCACACCUUCCCUGCCUGGCUCGGGCUUGUACUCUGACCAGAACUGAUAGGUCCAGGAAAUCUGCAGCACACCCUGCUCCUCUGUGUGGCUGGAGUCGGGGUGGUGAGUUGACACUGGGAUUCAGACCCACAGACCCACAAGCCCUCCUCAUGCUGGGACUUGCUUGCCAGGUGUUUAAUCUCUGCCAGAGAGAAUCUUCCACAAGCCCAGCACAAGCUGCCAGGCCUGAGCUACUUGAAGGGAGGUAUUCAGCUUCCCACUCCAUGGAAUUUGCUUCCUUUUUCUGUUCCACCUAUUUUUUCUGUUCUUUUUUUUGUUUGUUUCCUGGCCUCCACAAUGGCUUGAAAUUUUUUAAACUUUGAAAGAUGGUGUAUCCCCUCUCCCUAAGCAAGGAACCAGGGAUGGACAGAGAGUAGUGUUUAUCUACCUUGGUCACAUACCCCAAGAGUGAAGCCACAGUGAACUUCUGUUCCCUCAGAUACUGGUCUUUUCCUCCUUUCCCUCCAUACCAGAGGUGUGAGCUUUUUCUUUCCUCCAACCCAAUCUCAACUGAUAAAGUGCCACCACCAUCCCUGGCUCUGAACCUGCAUCCAUUCAACAUUACCUUGUUACUGCCACCCCGUACCUGUCACUUCUAUAUCACCUCCAGCCUGAUUCCCCAUCUGCUGUCUUACCCUCAAGAUCUGCACAGACUAGGAACAAUUAUGUCCCCUUCAGUGGCUUCCCUUUCCCUACUCUAAAAUAAAACCUAGACUUUAAAUUUGCUUCCAGGGCUAUGCACACCCCCACCCCAGCCCUUCUUCCCUCAGGGGCCUCCGUAGCACUCCUUUAGAAGAUGUCAUACAGGGAAAAUUGAAUAAAUGGAUACAUUCAUUCCUUCA